UCCUCCCUGUCCCGGCUUGGCAAUCAUUAAUCUGAGACUUUUAUUGGAUUUUUCGCAUUCCUGACGAAAGAGAAUGACCCACGGAGUCCAAGCCGGCAGGGACCAGGUGUCCGAAAUGCAACUAGUUGGACGACUGGCUCUUUCAGCCGCUGCUGUGCUGUUGUUGACUUUGGCAUACAGGUAUUGCAAAUCCCGUGCUGCUAGAGCCGGGGACGAUGGGGGUGUCGAAGCAGAAGAGGAGACGGUUUUCACGGGACGGACGGAGACGGUUUUCGGUGGGACGAACGGAGUCGAAACGAGAGUGAGACAGAGACGCGUCGACAACAUGAAAGUGACAGUGGCGAACAGCGGCUCGGCCGACUUACCUGUGGAUCCAGGUAGGCCUGAAUUUGCCGACAGGUCCAGACUCCGAGGCACACCUGUCAAGAGAAGAGAUAAAGCAGAGCGGACAAAGGUUAGUCACCUUGGGGUUGGAGACCCGCCAGGAACAAUUGGCUUGGUGUCAGAGGAGGAGGAAAAAGGAACUUCUGGAGGCCUCCUUAGCUAUGGAAACCAAGCUGAGGUCACGGCAGAAGAACCACAUUUCCAAGAGUAUGUUUUUUGCAAUCCUGAGAAGAUCAGAUGGGAUGCUGAUGAAUGUGGGGAGCAACAGACCUUUGGAGAACGUCAACCUGAACGUGAGAACUGGUCCUCCACAAAAAUAGAGAAAGGGGAUCUACUGGGUGGAGAAGGUCCAAGUCCAUCUUUAGUCCAGAUUCAAGAAAUCCCAAAGGAAAAGCUCGAUUCGUUUCAGGCAACAUCUGACUUGGGUCUGGUCCUCAAGCAAAGUCACACGCGGACCCAUUCCUCCUUCACCUUCUCGUCUGUCGCGAAGGUUCAAAUCGAGGAGAACGUCAUCCAAGGGAAGGAGUCCAAGGAAGGAAGUGAUGGCCCAACGGAGCCCAACCUGAGAGGCAAAGUCUACGAUCUUCAAUCAGUUGAGACCAAGACGUCCUCCCAUUCUGUUGUGGACACUCAACUUUUCCAUGUUCUCAACCAACCUGAGAAGAACUUGUAUCCAAAACCUGAUCAAGCUCGUUCAGACCAUGGAAAUGACAGAAGAACUUUUCAGAAGGCCACAGAAAUAUCUUCUGGAGAAGAUGUUCCGAAACCUAAAGGUCGAGAAGAACGAAACACCAAGAAGCACCCACUAUCGAGAUUUACCUUCACUCGGAACGACAGUUUCCGCAAAAUCGUAGACAACCCCGAACUUCAAGUGCCCAUGAAAGGAUUCGGUUCUCCAGCACUUGGGUCUUCAGGGAAGGACACUCCAAUUCUUGUCAAGGCCCGGUCCAGCUCCACGUCCUCACUGAUGGGGUCCGUGCAGAGCCUCCAAAGUGACACAAAAGAGGAGCCGACGGUGGAGCAGGUGGCCGGGGCCAAGUUCUUCCACGUCCCGCUCGGACCCGAGUCCUCUCUGGACGUCCACUUGGACCUGGGGAAUUGCCACGAGGUGUUGUCCCUGGCCAAGAAGCAGAAGCUGGAGGCCCUCCAAGACGCGGCCUACAAGGUCAUGGCUGACAACUACCUCCAAGUCCUCCGGACACACGGCAUCUACAGCCGGCUCAACGCCGCCGAGAGGGAGCUGAUCCUGAAGCGGAGGCAGCGGGGGAGGAAGUACGUGACGGUGGCCGAUGUCAACUCCAACCUGGCCAGCAGACUCUGCUUUUACGAUGACCGGGAGGAUGCUUGGCAGCCCUUGACGCCGAUGCCGCUGGAAGCCGUCUCCAAAGGGUGCGCCGUGUGCAGCAUGUUCAACUACCUCUUUCUGGUGGCCGGCUGCGAAGGACGAGGGAGGGCCCAGCGGCCAUCCAAACGGGUCUUCUGCUACAACCCCUUGACCAACAUCUGGAGGGAGAUCUGCCCGUUGAACCAAGCCAGGCCCCACUGCAAGCUCGUCGCCUUGGACGGGUACCUCUACGCCAUCGGCGGGGAGUGCCUCUACACAGUCGAGAGGUACGAUCCAAGGACUGACCGCUGGACUUUUGUCGCACCGCUGCCCAAUGACACCUUUGCUGUGGCCCACACGGCCACCACGUGCGACGGAGAGAUCUACGUGACAGGCGGCACCUUGCGUUACACGCUCCUGAAGUACGUGGCCCGCUCGGACACCUGGAAGGCCAACCUCACUAGUGGCAGCCAACACCGGACCACGGAUAUGGUGACCGCCAACGGGUUCAUCUACCGCUUCGACCUCGACCGGAGCGCGGGCAUCAGCGUCUACCGCUGCGGCGCCAAGGCCAAGCUGUGGUACGAAUGCGCCACGUACCCCAUGCCCUUUCCCACUUACUUCCAAUGCACCGUGGUGGAAAAUCUAGUCUACUGCAUCGGGCGGCAGUUCCAUAUCCGCUUCCUCACGGAUUACGUCUCCCCGCGGUUCGGGACCAAAGAGUUACAGACUUUUCCUUCUCCACAAGGAUCCCUCUUACCGGUCACUCUUGUGCUUCCAGACAAGGACUCCGGGCAGACGAGGGUCUGAGCCCGUUUUUAGGCUUCUCCUGGUUAACACCGGAUAUUUCCAAACCGAUACCGAGAUCUUCUUUUCUUCUGUGUCGAUGACUUCUCUUUUUUUAUAUACGAGGGCUAUCCAGAAAGUAGGUUACGUUUUGGAUUUUAAAAAGGACAAAGUAUAGGAUAAAUUAUUUACCAUAUGCAGCUGAAAGACACAUCCCAAAACUACAAUCUCAUGUAAUCCUCAUUUAAAUUUAGCCACGUUUCUUAUAGAUAAAUGAGUUUGAAAAGUACUGCCCCAAUAAAUUUGCCGCCUCUCUCCUCCGUUUCCAACAAUGGGGGCGUGGCUGGCAGCGCAGCGUUUUGGCUACGCUGCAGGAAGGGAGAAGGGGGAAGAGCUGAGGACACAAGCGGGGAAUUUACUGGUGAAGUACAUUUCAAACUCAUUUAUCUAUAAGAAACGUGGCUAAAUUUCAAUGG